GCAACAGCAACAGCGAAAUGCUACUGCAAAUACACAUACUUGCUCUGAUGAGUCCACUCCUGAUCAAAGCCCGGACAGAGGCCUACUGCUGUUGUUUGCGAGACCACAGGACAUGCAAUGAUGUAGAGGAGAAAGAAUGUUUUGCUGUGGUUCACACUCAAAUUUUCUACUGCUGUGCGCGAGAAGAGGACAUUAUGUAUGUGUGCAGAGAGGACCACGGCAUGUGUAAGAGGAGCUUCAUGCCAGCACAAAACGGUGUUGUUGACUGGAAAGUGAGCAGUCCUUGGAUGAGGAAGUGUGGUGUAUGUGACUUUUGCUGCAGUUCCAGACUGAUAGGAUGCAACAUCUCCCUUGAUGUGAAAAUGAGACUCUGUCGUGUUGAGAAGACCUUCCCUUGCAUCCCGGAGUGUGUUGGCAAAGAAUGGUGUCUGUCCUUGGACGGUGAAAGUCAUGCUGGCAGUAAGGAAUGCAUCCCUGGUUGCAUCUUCAUGUGUAAUCGUUUCCAAGAAUUCUGCGCUGACUGUUCUCCAGACCGGUUCUACUGCUGCUGCUGCUGCUGCUGUGAGAUGGUUCAGAUGAGCAGCACCAUUAGAACCCAACAGAACCUGCAUACCUUGAUGAUGCCUCUCGUACUCGUCUUUCUCCUGAAGUGA